UAUUUUUAGAGAACGUACUGGGGAUUGAACCCAGGACUUUGUGCAUGCUAAGCAUGUGCUUUACCGAUUGAGCCCUCUCCCCUUCUCUAUUUUAUUUUUUAUAACUGCAUGUUAUUCUAUGAUUAUCUCACUCCCUCACCUUCUACUCUUGAAGGAUAUUUUCCUGAAUAUAGAAUUCUGAGUUGGCAGUUCUCUCCUUUAAACACUUGAAAGAUUUUGUUCCACUAUCUGUCUUCCUUGGUUUCCAAUGAGAAAUCUAAAGUCAUUUGAUCUGGUCUAAUUGUCUAAUUGAUUCAUCUUUCUGUUUAUAGACUAUGUUUCAACAAUCUCACUAAAGAAAAUAUCCCCUACUCCGAGUCACAAAGAUAUUGACACACAUUUUCUCUUAAUAUUUCCAAAGUUUCAUUUUUGACUGAUACAUCUGGACUAUUUUUCUAUGGUAUAAAAUGUAAAUCAUUUUCCAGCUGUGGUAGAGACGUGGGGGAUUAACCUCAUUUGUCUGAGACCGUUACAGCAAACACAAGCCCCUUGAAAACAUUGCUUUCCAGUUAAAUGAAUGACUUCAUCAGUGUCUUCUUUCUCAUAAAGGCUUUCUUUGCCAGAUGUCAGCACCCCUGAUGAACAAAAUGGCCCAAGAGAACCCCCAGCCAGAUCCUUUUAUCUAUGUGGAUGAUUCCAGCAUGAACUCCCAGGAUAAUUCACAGUUACUGGCUGGUCCCACUACAGAGAAAUGGAAGAAGCAUCAAGAACGCACCUCAUUUACCCAAACACAGCACAAAGAGUUGGAGGCUCUGUUUAGCUGCAACAUGUUUCCAGAUAAAAAUCUCCAGAGAAAACUUGCUUUAAAACUCAACCUACCAGACUCAACAGUAAAGAUUUGGUUCAGGAAUCGGCGGUUCAAAAUGAGGAAGCAGCAGCAGCAGCAACAGAAAUCACUGAAGCCACCAAACCAGAUCCUUCCAGCCAAGAACGUGUCAACAGCAUCAACAAAUCCUCAUUUUUUCCCCCCAACAGUUUCAGAUUUCUGUAGCUCCUUCUCACCUCAGCCCUUAGGCCCUUUCAGUUGGGUGGGGGACUCUAUCCUCACUGAGAGUCCUACAAGUGAUGUCCAAAUCCAAGAUCCUCAGUUGGAGAGGCUGGUGGCCUCAGUUCCUGCUUUGUACUCUGAUGCCUAUGACAUAGCCCAAAUCAUGGAAAUGUACAGUUUUCCUGAUGAAGAUGAGAUAGCCAGCUAUUCUUUCCACUCUCUCUAUCAGUAUCUCUCACCAACAAGGCCCAGUUAGAAGAGUUCCUCCCUUAGCAUCUUUGCUGGUCCAGCUGUAGGUUUACCUCCUGGGCAAACCCAGUUUAGUACAACAAACUGGAGCUUUGCAGCCUUCAUCUUAAGAGAGAGCCCAGAAUUCCAGAACCCCUCUAGAAGUGUGGUGGACUCUGGAUUUCUCUUAUCAAAGUACUAAUAAAUGGCAGAUAGCACAGAAAAAGGAUCUUGCAUCUUGUACAUACCUUUUCCUUUUGUCUGC